AUGAGCCACAAGUGGGUGUCGGAGCUGUUUGUGGGUGUGAGGGGUGGCAACAGGGCGUCCCUCUCGCGGGCCAUCACUGUCGUCGAGUCGUCGAAACGGUCGGCGCAAAGACGACAACUCCUGAGACAAGUGAAUGACCACAUCGUCAGCACCAGACCCAAGACGUUACGGCUGGGCAUUAGUGGAGGUCCCGGUGCCGGCAAAUCCACAUUCAUCGAGGCGUUUGGCAUGAAUUUGAUCGACAAGUACGACAAGAAGGUGGCGGUGCUCGCCAUCGACCCCUCCUCUGCCAUCAAUGGCGGCUCCAUUCUGGCCGAUAAGACACGGAUGGCUAACCUCUCCAGACAUCCCAUGGCUUUCAUACGGCCCUCUCCUAGCAAUGGAUACGUCGGUGGCGUCACACAGACUACCAGUGCGCACACAAUCCGCAAUGCGAUCGCGUUGUGCGAGAGCGCCGGCUAUGACGUGAUAAUCGUGGAGACGGUAGGCGUGGGUCAGUCGGAGUACGAGGUGUCCUACCUGUGCGACGUGAUGGGGCUGUUGGUGGCGCCGUCGGGAGGCGAUGAGAUCCAGGCCAUCAAGAAGGGGAUCAUCGAAAUGGCGAACAUUAUAAUUGUGACCAAAUCUGACGGCGAUCUCGUCCGACACGCCCGCAAGAUGUCGGCUGAGAUCAUGUCUGCCACCAAAUUCAUUAACUAUGGCGAACGGCCCGUCGUUAUGAGGUGUUCGGCCCUCACUCGCGACGGUAUAGACGAGGUUUGGACACAAAUGCAAGCGUUGGCCCAAUCGGAGGACAAGAAGAUGGAGAAGCGAAGGGAACAGAGAGUGAAGCACUUGAAGAUUGUGUCCAUUGAAGCCAUGGAACAGGAGGGCCCCAGAAUGAGGUUCAAUCAGAACUUCUUCUCAUUCAUUAAUAACAUUCAAUUGACACCAGCAUUCAUGGAACUGCUUAAAAAGCAUCCAUGUCAGUACAUGAUCUCUGACAUUAUGAACUUCAAGGACACGACAAAGAAGUGCAGAAUAUUCUCUGAAUUCACUCGAGAGAGAAGUCAUUGCAAUCUAUUGGCGGAUAUGUUGGAAGAGUCCGGACAGAGAGAUAAAGCAAAUGAAUUGCGUGAAUACAACACCUCAGAAAGACUCCGGGAGUAUACCAAUGAUAUUGAGCUGGGGUUGUCAACGCUAUUACCCUGAGGUCAGGCCAUUCCUGUUGGUAUACAAUGGAGGGCACCCCUCGAGGACGGGCUAUUAUAUUCGUGACGGUCGAUGACUUGCUGAACGAAUCGCUCAGAUUUAAGUGGAUUCUGGAGAAGAUGUUCUUCAAAGUAGACAUUCAUCGACAGCUCACUUGCGCUCAAAUUAGCGAUAUAUUGGAUGUGGUGUCCAAUGAGAAACAUGACGGCGACGCCUUCAUUAUGAUGUUCAUCGGACACGGAUAUGACGAGAAGAUUCAGGGCUGGCAGGAGAGGGACGGCGACGAGUUGGCCAUCAGUAAGAUUGUCGACAAGUUUUCCGAAAACAAUUGUUUGAGUCUUCGCAACAAACCCAAGAUAUUUCUAUUCAACUGCUGCAGAAUCAAACCCAAACAAAUCCAUGUCUCUGGUGUCUUCAAAUUGGAUAACAAUCAACUGGUCAUCGAUUUGACUUCCAUUGACAAGAACUGGGAGAACGAGAAUAAGAGAACUUAUAUUAUCUAUGCCUGCGCUGAAGGCAAUCAAUCUUGGUAUUAUCCGGCAUCAGGUAUGACUCAAUUUGGACAGUCGUUUAGUCACAUUGUGGCACAAUUUUCAUGGUAUAAGAAUUUGGUGGAAAUGCUUGAUAUGACACAACUAAGACUGGAAAAAGAGAUCGAAGAAGACCAACGGCCAGAGGUUAGGAUGUUUGCAGUGGAUAGGGAGCUGUACUUCAAUCCAGGAUUAAGUAGGACUUCAUGAUUUAAUUAACAAUAUUUGCGCUCAAAUUAUUAAAAUUAUUGAAUA